AAAUUCCCUGUUUUCACUCGCUCUGGUCGUCUGUACGCUCUCGCAUCCAGAUCGAAGACAUCACCUUGUUUGCUUGAUAACGGACUGCUUGAUAGUGUAACAGGGAGGUUGGUUGCAGUGAGGUUCUACCAAUUUGGUCUCAACAUGAUGAGAGGCCGAGGUAGUCUUGCCUGGUCCUUGCUGCUGGUACUGGUGGUAGCCACGUUGCUGGCAGUUGGUUGUCGGAAGCAAACAGGACAAACCCAGAAUAAUACCGUCUCCGAUGAUCUCAAGGAUCCAAGGACUCAUCCAUUAGAUAUUCGAAAGUUUGACGCUGAUACAGAAGACCCCAAGGUUUUGAAUGUGCAUGUGGUGCCUCACACUCAUGAUGAUGUUGGAUGGCUCAAGACCGUGGAGCAGUAUUAUUACGGCCAGAACAUGACCAUUCAAGAUGCGUGUGUCGAGGACAUUUUGGAUUCCGUGGUGGAGGCACUGCUGGAGAAUCCCUACCGAACUUUUGUCUAUGUGGAAAUCAAGUUCUUUUCCAUGUGGUGGGAACAUCAAACCGAUACAGUCAAAGAGUCGGUCCGGCAGUUGGUCGCCAAUCAACAGUUGGGAUUUGUCAAUGGUGGGUGGUGCAUGCACGAUGAAGCUGCCACUCAUUUCAUGGGAAUGAUUGAUCAGACCACUUUGGGACAUGCCUUUUUGAAAAGAGAAUUGGGAUACAUUCCCAAGGUGGGAUGGCAGUUGGAUCCCUUUGGCCAUAGUGCCACACAAGCAUCUCUCAUGACUUCCAGCAUGGGGUUUGAUGCCCUUUAUUUUGGACGAAUUGACUAUCAGGAUAUGGAAAUCCGACACAAUACACAGGAAUGUGAAGGGUUGUGGUCUUCUUCUGCAUCAGCAGGCAACAAGAGCACGGUGUUUUGGGGACUCACUGGAAGCUACUAUGGCAACUAUGGGGCACCACCGGGGUUCUGCUUUGACAAACGCUGUCACUACAACCCUCUCACAAAUAUGACAAGACCCCAGCUGGUUGAUGCUGUAAAGCAUUUCCUCCAGGAGAUGAAGUUACAGAGUGACAGAACCAAGGGCAGCCAUGUAAUGCUCACUUUUGGCAGUGAUUUCAAUUAUCAACGGGCAAGCACUUACUUUGCAAAUAUUGAUUUGCUCAUAAAGUCUAUUGACCUGUUCCGAGAAUGGGGUCUCGUGGAUGUGCCAACAAUGCUGGGUCCACGAUUUGAGCGGAUCAAUAUCUUCUAUUCCUCACCCAAUUACUACACCCAGAUGAAACACAAACAGACACGGUCCCCAGCCAAAACAAUUCACACAUCUCAUCUGAUAAACAGCAAAGAGUCAGAUAUUGACGCAAAAACAACUGAUGAAAUGGGAAUUGAAUGGAAGGUCAAAAAGGAUGACUUCUUCCCGUAUUCUGAUUGUCCUCAUUGCUUUUGGACUGGCUACUUUACCUCUAGAGCGGCAUUCAAAAAGUUGGAAAGGGUUGGAUCAUCGUUCUUAAUGGCGGCACGUCAGAUUGAAGCCUUGCUGGAUCCGUCAUUUCACAAAUCAAAAGCGGAGGAAAAGCCACUCUAUGAUCUGGAGGAUGCCAUGGGAGUAGUACAACAUCAUGAUGCCGUGUCCGGCACUGCCAAACAGCACGUCUCCAACGACUACAGCAAACGAGUCCAAGCUGGUAUCAACAAGGCUGCCAAGUUUGUUAUCAAUGUGUUGAAGAACAAGGUGCUUCGUGAUGGAAGGCAUGACUGGAGUAGUAACAUUCUGGACAAUCUCAGCUUCUGCCAGCUGGUCAAUGAAACCAUCUGCACAGUUUCUCAGGAAGCAACCAUGGAAGGCUCUUGCCAAGAUGUGACUGUAGUUGUGUACAACGCCCUUGGGUCAAACACGUCUAGCAUUGUGUACCUGCCUGUAUCUGUGGACAGUUUGUUUGAGGUAACAAGGCUGGGCACAGCGGUCGCUGCUGCGAACAACACUAUUCGCUCAACCCCAAGCCCAUUCGGUGGGGUCCGUCUCUCUUCGGCAAAAUACGUUCUGGCCUUUGACACUGGGCCUCUGACACCGGUGGGGACAGCAAUCUUUAGGGUCAGGAAGAAAGCGAGCUUGGAUGGAAGCAAUGGCACCCCAAAUGGGUGGGCUGUUGACAAUGCUCGAAGGUUGGGGGUGCCUUCUUCCCAUGGAGUUGAUGAAACCACAAGGGAUGUUGUCGCGUCAAACGGUUUGUUGACGGUCCACUUUGACAGUCACACAGGCGCAAUGAAAACAAUAUCCAAAGAUGAGACUACACUUGAAAUCGAUCAGGUUUGGGGUUACUACACUUCAUUUGACGCUUCCAAAGAUCGUGUACCCGCUGACAAAACUGAUAGGGCCGACCAGAAUAGUGGCGCCUAUAUUUUCCGCCCAAGCCAAGGUGAUCAGAAACUGAACAUUCUUGGAUAUUCGAAGCAGGCCUCCAAAUUUGUGCAAACGUCGAUGGGCACGGAAGUCCAUAUUGAAUUCGAAGAACCAUGGGUGAAGCAAGUUACUCGGGUGAUGAAAGGAAUUCCUUAUAUAGAGGUAGAAUACAUGAUCGGUCCAAUUCCAAUCACCGACGGAAGAGGCAAGGAGGUGGUAACGAGGUUUUCCACAGCUAUACAGAGCAAUUCAACCUUUUUCACGGACUCGAAUGGGCGCGAAUUCUUAGAGCGACGUCGAGACUUCCGACCGUCUUGGCCUUUAGAGGUGUUCGAGCCGGUGGCCGGGAAUUACUACCCAGUGAAUGCAGCAAUUUACGUUGAAGACGAACAGGUGUCAUUAGCCGUACUGGUCGAUAGGUCACAAGGGGGGGCUUCCCUUGACGACGGGUCGGUUGAGUUGAUGGCUCAUCGACGUGCCCUUGCUGAUGAUAGGCGUGGUGUUGGGGAGCCUCUGAAUGAGACAGACGGUGGCGUCUCACCGUAUCCGCCUUAUGGAAAUGCUCAUCGGUAUGGACGUGGUCUUGUGGUUUGUGGGAAGUAUCGCGUAAUGGUCGGGAAAGGCUCAACCGGGGCGAGCUUGGCCCGAUCCGAAAUGGAUAGCGCGUUUACGUCUCCCCUGAUAUUCGUGGCGUCAUCAGAACCCAAUGACAUUGCCACCGCCUCCUUGGAUUCCUUACAUGUAUCUGCCCUUCAACAAAGUCUCCCACGAAACAUCAUGUUGGUGACAUUCCAGAAACUCGAUGAAGCGGAGCCAGACUUCUUGGUUCGGUUUGGCCACCAAUACGGAAUACACGACGACAAACUGCUUUCUCUUCCUGUCUCUUUAGACCUCGCGGCACUGUUCGGAGGCUACAGCAUCGAAUCUGUGACAGAGCUAACUUUGUCGGGGAACCAGGAGCUCACCGAGUGGACCGAGAGGCGCCUAGAUUGGAUUCCUGGACAUCAAGCUGAGCAACUGCAUACCAAUGAUACCUCUACGGUCAUAUCUCUCAGGGCAAUGGAAAUACGAACGUUCAAAAUGAAAAUGGUCACAAAACAAUGACGAGGUUCCAAAGCCCCGCUUUCCAAAUUGAAGCAAUGUGCUAAGACUACUAUGGUAUAUUUCUGCUCUACUUCUCGUUCGAUUCCUGACACGUUGACUAACCCAACCCCAACGUCCUCCACCGGUUUACAUGUAAGCUCAAAUCAAGUACUUCCGGCUGCUUGGUGGACAGUAAGAGGUGAAUGUCCUCGUAGUUAGCCCCUCCGCUUUUUCUUCUUCUGGUUGCCCCGAAGUUUCUUUUCCCGUUUUCUUCUCUCGCUUUGACCCUCCGUAGCUUUCUGAAACGAACUCCAUCUGAUGAGCGUUGUUUUGGCCUGUUAUCGCUGUUACCAUAUCAUUGGAGACUUUGGAUCUUUGCAGCUCUUCGGCAACAUCCUGUGAUCCACAGAAAGCAAGCAAAGAGUAGGACUUCUUACGCGUACAAAUCAUCCGUAUCGUAUGGUCCUCAAUCAGUUG